AUGGACCAAACCCCGCCCCCACCAGCAGGAGGCAUACUGCCCACCAGCCCGCUGGCCAAAGCGACGGACACCUUGUCUGGGGAUGACACCGCCAACACAGCUGUCAUCGCAGUGGUCAUCACCGUGGUGUUCGUCACCAUGGUCUCGGCGCUCGCGGUGACCGUCAUCUACCUGUACAAGAACAAGGGGACGUACGUCACCUACGAGGCCCCCGAGGACGGUCCCGCCGCCUCCGUGCAGGUGGAGAGCAGCAGCCCCAGGGCGGGGAAGGAAGAGUAUUUCAUCUGA